CGCGCUGGCGGCGGCGGCGGCGGCGGCGGCGGCCGCGGCGGCGGUGGCGGCGGUCGGGCCUAGUGCGGGUCCCGCUUUGGGGGCGGCAGGAACGUCCGGCGGCGCCCAGGCGGCGCCAGGUUCCCGGAGCUGAACUCCAAUGUACAGCAAUGGAUGACGACAGCCUGGAUGAACUUGUGGCCCAAAGCCCAGGGCAAGGUGAAUGCCAAGUUGGCCCCUUGGAAUUGGCAAGUGAUACUGAAGAAAGCAGUGAAGAGCACAGCGGAGACUCUGAGGAUGACACAGGCAGUGAGCGUGAAGAUGGCACAGACAUGGAGGAUGUGGAAGGGCUAUCUGAAGAGGAAGAUCUGGAAGACAGAUCAGGUUCUGAAGAUUCUGAAGAUGAUGUUCAGACAUUACUGGCAGCAGCAGAUACUCAGGGGAAGCUGGAAUCCAGCAGUGCACUCAAUUCUGAUGACGAUGCAGAAAGCUGUCCCAUUUGCCUCAAUGCAUUCAGAGACCAGGCUCUGGGCACGCCAGAGACCUGCACCCACUACUUCUGCCUGGACUGCAUUGUCGAGUGGUCCAGGAAUGCCAACUCCUGUCCAGUUGAUCGAACCAUAUUUAAAUGUAUUUGUAUUCGAGCUGAGUUUGGUGGUAAAAUCUUAAAGAAGGUUCCAGUGGAAAACACCAGAGCCCAUGAGGAGGAGGAGGACCCAACCUUUUGUGAGGUGUGUGGCAGGUGCGACCGUGAAGACCGGCUCCUGCUCUGUGAUGGCUGUGAUGCGGGGUACCACAUGGAGUGUUUGGACCCUCCCCUUCAAGAAGUGCCUGUGGAUGAGUGGUUCUGUCCGGAGUGUGCUGCCCCUGGGGUCCCUGCCAGUGAUACAGUUCCUGUAAGUGAAGAGGAGGUCUCCCUGCUGCUGGCCGAUGUGGUGCCCACCACCAGCAGGCUGCGGCCUCACACAGGCAGGACCCGAGCCAUUGCCAGAACACGGCAGAGUGAGAGAGUGAGGGCCACUGUGAACCGGAACCGGAUCUCCACUGCCAGUAGGGGGCAGCAUGUACCCAGGUACCUCAUGUCCUCUCUGCUGGACGAGACCAUUGAGGCUGUCGCAACUGGUCUGAGCACAGCUGUGUACCAGCGCCCUCUGACACCGCGUACUCCUGUUAAACGGAAAAGGAAGACAGGGAGACGGAAGAAGGUCCUGGGAAGAAAGAAAACUCAGUCUAAAUCAUCAGUGAAAAGUAGGAGUGGACGCGCAAAAGCCAAGAAACGCCAAUACCAUGUGAAGAAGAGAAAGGGGAAAAAGAUGAAGAAUGAAGUCACAGCUCGCUCUCGUAUAGCACAGACAUUGGGCCUCCGCAGGCCUGUGCGUGGCACUUGCAUGCCAUCAGUGUAUAAGCCGGUAGACCCCUCACUGGGGCUAAUGCGGGCAGAUAUUGGAGCAGCUUCUCUGUCACUGUUCGGAGACCCCUACGAGCUGGACCCCUUUGACAGCAGUGAAGAGCUGUCUACAGAGCCCCCUUCCCCUCUGAGUGUCAAGAGGAGGGUGUUGUCCCGCUCAGCCCUGCAGUCUCACCAGCCCGUGGCUAGACCUGUCUCUAUGGGACUUCCCAGGAGGCAGCUCCCUGCUUUGGCCCCAGAGCCUGGUGUGGAGGAAGCCCCUGUCCCUGACCUCCUGGGGAGCAUCCUGUCUGGCCAAAGCCUUCUGAUGAUGAGCAGCGCUGAUGUUGUCAUCCACCGGGACGGCUCUCUCAGUGCCAAGAGAGCAGCUCCUGUUUCCCUUCAGCGAACCUUUGUAGCUCCAUCUAGAGGGGAAGAAGGGUCUAGAUCCAGGGAUGUUCCACAGCCUGGCACGCCACCUUCCAGGAGCACAGCCAGUAGACCCCAGAGCUCUGGAGUAAGCUGCGGGGGUAGGUCGGCCCUGCGCUGCAGCCCUUCCUGCACAGUGGGGGCACCCGUGAGGCCAGACUCCUCUGCCAUCCCCGGGUCAGGCCCAGCCCAGAACCCGUCAAACCAGAGUGGACCUAAACAGAAUGGCAAACGCUGGCUUAAUGGCACCAGUGCGCAGGUCUUGCCUCUUGUGUCUGCCUCAUCUAAUAUCUCUAGCAGCCAUUCUAACCCUCCAUCUAGAAGUAUAGCCCCUGGACAUCCCCCAAAACUAACUUCCAGAAGAGCCGGUAUCUCAGAGCUGCCCAGGAUACCAAGGGUCCAAAGGGACAGCAGUGGUAGCAGACGGGACCCAGCCCGAGGUCAGAGCAUCGAGAUCCCUAGCACUUGCAUCAGUCGACUAACAGGUAGGGAGGGCCCAGGGCAGCCAGGGCGAAACCGGGCAGAGAGCAAGCCAAGCAGCAGGGCCCCCCAGGAGCCCAGUUCACAAAUGGGCAGCUCCCGACCCCCAGGUCCCAGUUCCCAUGGGAGCUUGGCCCCCCUGGGGGCCUCAAGAGGGAAGGGUGUUGGGUCAACCUUCGAGAGUUUCCGGAUCAAUAUCCCAGGAAACACAGCACACUGUAACCAGUUGUCUAGCCCUGGCUUCUGCAAUACAUUCCGACCUGUGGACAGCAAGGUGCAGAAGAAGGAGAAUCCUUCACCUCUCUUCUCCAUCAAGAAGACAAAGCAGCUCAAGAGUGAGAUCUACGACCCCUUCGACCCCACUGGCUCUGACUCAAGCCCCCGUAGCAGCAGCCCUGAGAGUCUUGGCCCCAACCUCCUGCCAUCUGAGAUCACAAGGACCAUCUCCAUCCACAGCCCAAAGGCUCCCACAUGCCAGGCUGUGCGCUGUGUCACCUCCUACAGGGUAGAUAGUGUCUUUGGGAGUGAUCCUGAGCCAGAGCCAGAGCAGCCUGGUGAGUCCACAUCUGGCACACUCAAGAUCCAGAGCAAGGGGCUUACAGAAGGGGCCUCUUACAUGGAAAAAGAAGCGCUAGAUGAGGAUCCCACAGAGCACCGGAGUCCAGCCAUCCGGACACAGAGGUCCUCCUUGCUGGACCCCUGGGAUGACGAGGAUGGAGUGUCCCACGGUCCCUUCUUUGGCUCUGAGGAACGGACAGUGACUUGUGUGACUGUCAUGGAGCCAGAUGCUGCACCCGGCCCGCCUGUGCGGCAGGUGACCACCCACAGGGUCGUGGAGCUGCGGUCCCCAUCGCGCUCCCCAUCCACUUCCAGUUCCCGAGGCAGGAAGAAAGCCAAGAGGGAGCACCGGAGGAGGCGCUCCAGCACCCGCUCUGGCUCCAGAGACAGGACUUCCCACUCGGCAUCACCUGUGAUGGAGGAGCAUGCCAGGAAGCACCGGGCCAAGGCCAAGGGCCGAAGGUCUUCCAGUGAUCGUGCCAACAGCCAGGAGAAAGCAAAGAGGAAGAAGGCCAGGGACAGGGAUAAAGAGUGGAGACGGGGUUCUCGGGGCCGGAGUCGGAGGCAGUCCCAGUCCCGCUCUGCCAGCCCCGGCAGCUCCUCCGAGCGCCGGAGGAAGAGAAGGCGUCGCUCAGGGUCCAGGCCCCGUGGGAGGGAGUGCUCCCCUCCCAGCAGUCUAGAGAAGACCCGGAGGCGCAGACACCAGCGAGAGCGAAGCCCAGAGCGAGCUGAUAAGAAGGAGAGCUCAACUCGGUCACAAGAGAGAAGGAGGUGGAGGUCUCCAUCACCCAGCUCAGAGCACAGGGCACGGCAGCCUCGUUCCCAUGAGAAGCCACCUCGUUCCCCAGAGAGGAAGGACACUGUGAGGGAGGCUUCCCCAGCCCCCGUUCUACAGCAGGAUGGAGACCAUCUGGAAAGACCGCCAGCCUCAGCAGGAGUGGGCGCCUUGCCAGAAGUGUCAGUGGCUGACCCACAUCCCUCCCAGGUGCCCCCUGCCCUGGAGGCACCAGCUGAGUGCACACCCGAGGACCUGGAUUAUGGUGACUCUGUUGAGGCAGGUCAUGUCUUCGAGGACUUGUCAAAUGAAGCCAUCUUUAUCCAGCUUGAUGACAUGAGCUCACCUCCUUCCCCUGAAAGCACUGACUCUUCCCCAGAGCGAAACUUACCACCAAAUCCUACCUUGCCCCUGGCCAGCCAGCUGCAUGAUACCACCCUGGCAGCCAUCCAGAGGGAGGUGUCACUGAUCCAUGAUGAUGAAGAUCUCUCACAACCCACACCACCACCAGAGGGCCCCCCAGAACAGUGUCCACUCAGGCAGGAUGUGGUGGAGACUCUUGCCCCGACUCCCAGUGUCCUGGGUGUGGUCCCUGUGGUGAAGGAGGGCAUCCCCUCAGAGAACGAGAGGGCCUGUGAGGGAGUCAGGCCUGAGGACUCUGUGGCACAGGUCCCACUUUUGCGGUCCAGAGCUCUGGUUAAGAGAGUUACCUGGAACCUACAAGAGGCCGAAGGCAGCAUCCCAGCCCUGGACCAAGCCUCACGGACACUACUUCACAGACCUCAGGAAGGAGCCUGGAAUGCAGAGGACGGGAGCCCCAUGGGGGUCCAGCAAGUGCUGUUCUCCCAGCUGCCCCCUCCUAGCCACAUGCUUCUGGGGACUGGGUUCCCUGACACAGACUCCUCUCAGGUUUACAGCCCAAACAUGCCUCCUGCUCCGGCUCAGCCCUCAAGCAUCCUGCCCUACCCACUGGCCAGCCAGCCCCCGGUCCAGUUUAUCCUGCAGGGGAGUCUUCCUUUGGCAGGCCCAGUACCGAGCCUGGCCCCUAUACCUACCAUGCUAGCCACGGCCUCAGAGCUGGCUGGUCAAGCCACAGUGGCCAACAACUCAGAGGAGAGGACUGCCACCCCCAAGCCAUCUGCAGAGAAGACCAAGAAGGAAGAGUACAUGAAGAAGCUCCACAUGCAGGAGCGAGCAGUGGAGGAGGUGAAGCUGGCCAUCAAGCCCUUCUAUCAGAAGAGGGAGGUGACCAAGGAGGAGUACAAGGACAUCCUGCGCAAGGCUGUGCAGAAGAUUUGCCACAGCAAGAGCGGGGAGAUCAACCCCGUGAAGGUGGCCAACCUGGUGAAGGCGUACGUGGACAAGUAUAAGCACAUGCGUAGGCACAAGAAGGCUGAGGCUGGGGAGGAAGUGCCUGCCCAGGCCGAAGCCUGAGGCCCCGCCACAGUGGGCAAGGCCCCUGGGGACACUCCUGUGUCCUGUAUCUUCAGUAGCAAAGAUCUGGGACCACCAGCACUCCUGCCUUCAGGGCUUCCAUGAUGACACCUGUCUGUACCAGUCUUGCUCACAGUUGAAAACUGGACUUUUUUAUAUGUAUAUUAUAAAUACAAUGUUUCCAUUG